CUAUAAAUUGAGAUCCUCUGUCUUAAACAUCCAUGUCUUCCUUUGCUCAUUCAUGGCCUCCAUUUUCUCUAGCCCAUGGUUCUCCUUUCCUUUCAGGUCCUAAGCUUCCUAAACUUCUACCCCCCUUUUCCACUAUAUGAGGUCACUAUACAUCCCACCUCUUUCAAUGAAGCAUCUUAUCCUGUGGUGCAGCUUUACCACUGUAAAGAUGUUCAAUCUCUCUCUAAAGUAAGGGAACUUUGUCUAGUUCUCCCAAACACUUCAAAAAGACAUGGGUUCUUCUCAAGCUGGAGAAUUCUCUAGCAAAGAGCUUGAUGCCAUUGUGAAUUCGCCUGAAAAGCAGGCGGGAAGGCCUGAUUCGGUGCACCGUGUACUCGACUAUGUUGAGCCACCGGGCUUGGUGGCUGAGCUCAAGGGCUCGAUCACAGGUGCCAUCUUUGGGCCUAGUUGGGGUAGGCUUGGACCGAGAUGGUUCGUUAGGGGGCUGAGGCAGCUCUUCCCUGUACUAAGUUGGGGGAGAGAAUAUGAUCUUGGAAAGUUUAAGUGCGAUUUAAUGGCGGGUUUGACGCUUGCUAGCCUGUGUAUUCCUCAGAGCAUAGGCUAUGCUAAUUUGGCAGGACUGGAUCCUCAAUAUGGACUCUAUACCAGCUUCGUGCCGCCACUGAUCUAUGCAGCAAUGGGAAGCUCAAGAGAAAUUGCGAUCGGUCCAGUGGCCAUUGUCUCUCUCUUACUAUCCGCCAUGAUUCGAAAAACAAUAGACCCCUUAAAGGAUCCAAUUGGUUACAGAAAGAUGGUUUUCACCUCUACCUUCUUUGCUGGUAUUUUUCAAGCAGCAUUUGGGCUAUUCAGGUUGGGGUUUCUGAUAGACUUUCUAUCACAUGCUGCCAUUGUUGGGUUCAUGGGUGGUGCGGCUAUAGUGAUUGGACUCCAACAAUUGAAGGCAUUGCUUGGGAUUGCUCACUUCACAAACAAGACUGAUGUGAUCUCUGUGAUGAAGGCUGUUUGGGCCUAUGUUGAUCAUGCUGCAUGGCAUCCAUACAAUUUUCUAAUUGGGAGCUUCUUCCUAAUCCUCAUGCUAGCUGCAAGAUACAUUGGGCGGAAAAAGAAGAAACUCUUUUGGAUACCUGCAAUUGCUCCCCUGGUUUCUGUUAUUAUUUCAACUCUUGUAGUAUUCUUGACCCGGGCCGACAAGCAUGGAGUUAAUACUGUAAAGCAUAUAAAAGGUGGCAUAAACCCUAGCUCAGCAAAGCAAUUGGUAUUCACUGGGGAUCAUACCGGAGAAGCUGUAAAAAUUGGCUUGAUUUCAGCUUUGGUUGCACUCACUGAGGCCAUCGCUGUUGGCAGAUCAUUUGCAUCAUUUAAAGGUUAUAACCUUGAUGGCAAUAAGGAGAUGAUAGCCAUGGGUUUCAUGAAUACUAUCGGAUCCUUUACUUCCUGCUAUGUGGCCACAGGCUCUUUUUCUCGCACGGCUGUUAAUUUUAGUGCAGGAUGCCAAACAGCAGUGUCCAAUGUAGUGAUGUCUAUUACAGUUCUAUUGGCACUACAGCUUCUCACUCAUCUCCUCUACUUCACACCAAUGGCUAUCCUCGCAUCCAUUAUCCUUUCAUCUUUACCUGGACUCAUCGAUUUAAAGGAGGCGUACUCUAUAUGGGAGGUCGACAAACUAGACUUUCUGGUCUGCAUGGGCACGUUCUUCGGGGUUUUGUUCGCAUCGGUUGAAAUCGGCCUCAUAGUCGCGGUUUCUAUCUCUUUGUUGAAGAUCGUAUUGCACAUUGGCCGGCCAAGCAUUAGUAAACUUGGAAGGGUCCCCGGGACUGAUAUUUAUUGUAGUAUUGAACAAUACUCUCAUGUUGAAAGUGUGCCGGGUGUUUUGAUCGCAAGAGUUGAUUCAGCUUUAAUAUGUUUCUUCAAUGCAGGCUGCAUUCGAGAUAGGAUUUUGAGGAUGAUACAUGUUGAAAAGGAAAAGAUGAAUGAUCAUAUGUUUCAAGCCGUGAUAAUGGACAUGUCCAAGGUGAUGAACAGUGAUACCACGGGUAUCCGUGCUCUUGAAGAGCUCCAUGACAAACUCAACCGCAUGGACAUAAAGCUUGCACUUGCCAAUCCCGGGUGGCAAGUCAUUCACAAGUUUAAACUCAGCAAAUUUGUGGACAAAGUGGGAGAAGAAUGGAUUUUCUUUACAGUUGGUGAAGCCUUACUAACAUGUUCGGGGUUUAAGCAGCCCAUUAUAUGCUAAAUGAACUUGGGGGCAACCCUGAAGACUUACCACUUGUAUUUCAAUACAUGUUGGGACUGUCAAUAAAUAAAUCUUGUGUGCUUUCUGUGCUUAA